AUGAGCACGGUUCUUGUUACGGGUGGCACGGGCUACGUCGCCUCGCAUGUCAUCCUUCAACUUCUUCGCGAUGGCUACCAUGUUCGCACGACGGUGCGCAGCCUGACCAAAUCGGAUACCGUCCGCGAGAUGAUCAAAAAGGGCGGCGUCGAGCCCGGCGAUCGCCUCACCUUUGUUCAGGCAGACCUCGAGUCGGACAGCGGCUGGAAAGAUGCCACGUCCGGUGCAAAGUAUGUGCUCCACGUCGCCUCGCCUUUUCCCCUUGGCGACCCCAAGGACGAGAAUGAGCUGAUCAUUCCCGCUCGUGAGGGUACGCUCCGUGUGCUCCGCAAUGCGCGCGAUGCCGGCGUCAAGCGUGUGGUCGUCACCUCGUCGUUUGCUGCGAUCGGUUUUGGUCAUGGCCAAAAGGACAUCACGAUGAACGAAGAGAUUUGGUCGGAGCCGUCUGGCACAGACGUCACCGCCUACAUCAAGUCGAAGCUGGUCGCCGAGCAGGCUGCGUGGAACUUUAUUGAGAAGGAGGGCAAGUCGAUGGAGCUUGCUACGGUCAACCCGUACAUGAUCAUGGGCCCUAUCCUUGGCCCCAGUGUGGGAAGCUCGGUGGACGUCGUCAAGAAGAUGAUGAUCGGUCUUCCCGGUGUGCCUCGCCUCUUCUUCGGCAUUGUGGACGUGCGCGAUCUGGCCGUGCUCGAGAUCAAGGCAAUGACCUCGGACGCUGCCAAGGGCCAGCGUUUCCUCGCAUCGAAUGACCACAUGCUCUCGAUGCUCGAAAUUGCCAAGAUUCUCAAGGAGCACCUCGGCCCGAAGGGCAAAAAUGUCACGCUCUUCCAGCUUCCUGACUGGCUCGUGCGCAUUACGGCGUGUUUCAACGCGGACGCCAAGUCGGCUGCCCCUUACAUCGGCAUCACGCGCAAGCUCGACAUCAGCAAGGCUGAGCGUCUUCUCGGCUGGAAGACGCGCCCUACGGAGCAGACGCUCGCUGACACGGCCGACAGCCUAAUCGACUUUGGCAUUGUCAAGGUGUAA